UCGCUGUUUACAACACACAGUGUGUGGUGAGUUAUACAUACCAGAACGAUAUCCUUUCUACCGAUGUCGAUCGAACGUCGCUAACGCGCGCGCUCUUCCACCCGCAAGAUGUCCGCUGAAAGUACAAAAGCGCUGAAAGUACAGGACUGCGAGCUCUUCGACUCGGCUAAUGCGUUCGUUACGGAAGCGGAAGAGUCGACCAAGAGUGACAGGACUACCAGGAGUAUAACGAUAAAAUAUAUCAAUAAGGAAUAUUGUGCUCUUUUAAAGCUUACAUUCGACUUGGAACGUAACAUUACGAGGGAGGACAACCGACUUUCCGCGGAUCACAUCGAAACGCUCAGAGAGACGGAGAUGCAAGUGAAAAGGUUUCAUCACACGUUCAAUUCGCAGGACGCACAUUUCGACGAUAGUAUAAUUCUUGCGCACAUUUAUUUAACAUUAGCUAAUAUAUAUUAUGCUGGUACUACUGAUAUUACCAACGGGAAGGAAAGAAUAUAUAUCGCUAAGGAGUAUCUCAGACAAUGCGUGAAGUUGUUGAAGGGCAAAGAGCUAGAUCGCAGAGCUGUUCUGACAACUUUGCAAGCACUUUGCGUAUCGCGCAACGUUUACAUAGAGCUGCAAGAAAUCGAAGAAUGGAAACAAGUAACGCGUAAGACAUUGGAAUAUUACUGGAUGUACACUGAGAAAAAGGACAACUAUCCUCAUCCUGUCUACAUUCUAGCCGUCGCUGGCAUUGUAAUCAACCGAAAUUAUGAAUACGAUUUAGACAUACUGUACGCACGUACUUUACAAUUUUUAAUGUUAUAUGAAUAUUACUGUGACGAAUAUUUGCCGAUAGAUAACUGUACAAUGAUAAUGUGCACGCAUAAAAUACUGAACAAGAUAUUAAAAGCGGUACCGUUACUUAUGAAAUAUCCCGAAUGGGUCACAAUCACCUCGCAGCUGGCAUUGCUGUUUAUAAAGAACAGACGCUUUACCGAGGCUAGACAUCAUCUCGCUGCCGCAUCCUUCGUCGCGAAGAAAUUUUACGAGGAAGAACUUAUGAAAAUGGACAAAAACAAAUUACCGACGCAGAAAGCUGAGCUACGCAACACAUAUAACAAGGCCGUAGCCGAUAUUGCUAUAAAGUGGGCGACAUACGGAAACAAGCUGUUGUGCUUAUCGGGAGAACGAUUUCUACACGAGGAAGGGAACGAAGUCGCAACAGGCAACUUGGCGAUGGAGUCAACGAAGUUGAUAUUUACCGAUUUGGAGAAUGAACUGCAAGACAUCACUGCUCUGAUCAGGGACACCUACAUUACAGAUUGCAAAGACGCUAAACCGAUUUUUCGGCGUGUUCUAAGGUGGCUUGAGGAGGCAAGAGAAUUCGCAGCUAAUACAAAGACCGCAAACAUGUACGUGGACAUUACUCGAGGCAUUUUUCUAGCAUACAAAUACUUGGCACGCUAUGAGCAAAAGAAAGACAACCAGGUGAAACUUUACAAACAACGAAUAGACACUUUAUAUGACAUUUCGAAGACAGUCAAUACAGAUGACGCCAAUGUUCGCAAGCAUGUUUGGCUUCAAUUGAUGCUUGCUUCUUACUCUUUGUUGGAUAUCAAAACUGAAGACCUAGAAUCACUUGACAAAAUAAACGAAGAACUAACAGCGGAAAUUAAUAAGUUAGUUAAGUACAAUAUCCACAGUUCCGAAUUAUAUUUGGGUAUAUACAUAAAGUGAACGAACUGAACGGCAAAAGUAUGCACAAUAAAUCUCCCUGUUGUUACAUUACAUAAGUAGAAAGCUUUCAGUAGUCGCCUGUAGUCCUCUCGUACGCCUGUAAAAAGCUGCCUUUGAAAAAAGAAAAUUAUUAUAUUAUUAUUAUAUGUAUAUGUAUAUGUAUAUGUAUGUGCGUGUGCCAAUAGACUGGCCAUCUUCUUUUUCUUCAGAUUUUUUCUUUCUCUUUCCUUUUUUUUCCUUUUUAUUUUAUGCUUAUAUUCUAUGCUCAUAUUCGCGCGCAGCUUAAUAUCGUGUUAAUUAAAGCUAAGUACAAUGCUGUUUUACUAAGGGACACAUGAUACGAUUUCGAAACUUGUACUUCUGUGUAAAAUUUCAUAAUGCGAAUAAACAUUUUGUACAUGAUUA